UAAAGGCCCUCCUACAUUAUGUGUGUAUGUUGGAUAUGACAAAAUAGCAAAGGAGCCAGCUGGUUGAGGGCUAAAGGAAACGAACUGACCUUCUUGGCUGCCUUCUUCAAAAGCAAACAAAAAACACCCCACUCACAGGAGACAAAACAGAUCUGGUGGAUUACGCUUAUUUCUUUUGGAUCCCUUGUCUCUCUGAAAAUGACCCCAAUACCUUCUUCACUUUUGCUUUGAUGCCCAAGUGUAACUAGAAACAACUGGCACAAAAUAAAUAUCAGGAAACAUUAAAAAUGGCAAGUGAUAUGUCCAGUUGCUAUCACUGCAUGGUUUCUCUUUGUGGAAAGCAGUUUGCCAUGAAAGAAGAUCACCCUUACUGUGUGAAGUGCUAUGACAGCCUCUUUGCUAACUUCUGUGAAGACUGUAAGAAGCCUAUUGAAUGUGACUCCAAGGAUCUUGCUUAUAAAGGCCGCCACUGGCACGAAGGGUGCUUCAAAUGUGCCAAGUGUACUCAGUCUUUGGUAGAGAAGCCUUUUGCAGCCAAAGACGAGCUCUUGCUGUGUACAGAGUGUUAUUCCAAUGAGUAUUCAUCCAAGUGCUUCCACUGCAAGAGAACCAUUAUGCCAGGUUCACGUAAAAUGGAGUUUAAGGGAGACUGUUGGCAUGAAUCUUGCUUUGUAUGCCAACAUUGUCAACAACCACUAGGAAUAAAGCCUUUAAUUACCAAGGAUGGUGACAAUUAUUGUGUGCCCUGCUUUGAAAAGCAAUUUGCUCAGCAUUGUUACUCCUGCAAAAAGGUGAUAACUACCGGUGGUGUGACUUAUCAUGACCAGCCAUGGCAUAAAGAAUGCUUCCUUUGUCAUGGAUGCAAGAAGCAGCUAGCAGGACAGCGGUUUAUUUCCAAAGAUGAACAGCCUUACUGCCUUGAGUGCUUCAGCAGGUGUUAUGCAAAGAAAUGCACAGCCUGCACCAAGCCCAUUACAGCUCUCGCGGGAGACAAAUUUAUCUCGUUUGAGGAUCGCCACUGGCACAGUGACUGCUUCAAGUGUGGGAAGUGUUCCAGCUCCUUGGUGGGAAAAGGCUUUCUGACCCACCAGGAAGGCAUCCUUUGCUGCAAGUGUGGAAGCACCACAUAGCUUGAGGGAACCCACAGCUCCCCAGACGCCUGCCAGCCAAGUAUAAUGGUUGUUUAUUUGCGCAAAUCACUGUUCCUUCGCAGCAGCAGUUAGAUUCUGUGUAACUACUUUAAAUAGCCCUUGUUCUUGUUAGGAAAACAACUUCCAAUAUGUAUUAACUUGGAAGAAUUUGUAGUCUCUCUUGCUUUUCUUGGAGGAGAGUGCACUCUGCUGUUUGAAAUACAGGGAUGUAUGGUUUUGCUGUACAUCCAAAUUCUAUUCAAAACUGGCUGUAAGAUAGCUUGGCUGAAGAAACAGAAAACGGGACUUCUCCAAAAGAACAUUAUGCAACUUUUUCUGACACCAUCUUUGUCCUUCCUAAACCAGUGCCAACAACAAGAAAUUAGGUUGGACAGGCCAAAAACAGGGGGGGGGGGGGRGAGAAGCACAGCAAAAAAGGAAGUUAUACUUAGCUGCAUCUAGGGAUGCCUUUUAUACCACCUCAGAAUCAAGUCGUACUACAGUAAAUGUCAUAUGGGAGUUCUAUAGAUGUUGCACCAACCAGGUGGAUGCCUUGUUCCUUUCCCAAAAUCCAGUCGCUAGGUUUGUGUGUCAAGGUCUGUAUUGAGAAUGCAGGAGAUUUGCAGCAGAAAGAGCUGCUAUUUGCUUUGAAAUGGAACAAGUGCCUGCAUUGUAUAUAUCAUUGUGUAUAUUUAUGUGGCCAGUGGCAGUUUUAGGGGUCAAUGGAAAUUAUUCAUCAGGAAAUUAAUAAGCGGGGAAAAUGUUAAAUCUCAGUUUCCAACUUCACCGAAACCCCUUUCAAUGGUCAUCCAGCCUAUGACUGCAUUUGAUGUAGUGGCCAUGGAAAGGCAUAGGGAAUAUUAGGAGCAUCAUAAGCUGCCAUUGAUAAUGUAGGAGGUCCAAUGAGAAGCUUGUCGAGGCUUCAGUCCUAUAGCCAGUUACCUGAGAUUAUAGAACAAAUCUUUCCAGUCCGUCCGUCCGUGUCCCCCCCCCCCAAACAACAACCAUGAUAGGAUCACCAUGGGUCAAAAACAAUUUGAAGGCACACCACCACCAUCACAACAAAUUCUCUAGUGAUUGCUUUUAAGUGUGAAAUAUAAAAUAUUUUUCUCCUUACUUCAAAUACUCAUACAUGCCUUGUUUGAGUGUAGUUUGUUGCAAAGGAGGUUUUAUGGCAUGUAUUCCAAACCAAAGCCCCUACUCUUGACAUGGAGAAGGUAGGCUUAUACCUGCUUUCUUCUGCAGGUCUUUUGUUGUUGUUAGAAACCCCAGUAAUGUAACAAGGCAUAUAAGCCAGAAACUAAUGGCUCAGAUACUUUCAAAAAGGAGAAAAUGCUUAUUAAUGAUGGCAUUUUCAUUUAUAUCUUCUCCUAUAAAUAGUACCUAGUUUACAGGUUUCACUGAAAGGAUUUCAAUCAACUAUGGUCAGUCACUUAUGCUAUUCCAGCAAAGGCUCAAGUUCUGUGUUAUCAGCUGUAUUAUUUUGCUCACCUGCAUAAAGCUAAGAUGUAUCACAAUCCACACUACAUCAGUAAUGGUGAAGUUGCCUAUUUGCACCUACGUACUGGGCUAUGUCUGGAUGCCCAACCACAGUCUCCCAAAACAGUUGCUCUAUUCCGAACUCAAGAAUGGAAAAUGGAAUGUUGGAGGACAAGAAAAGAGAUUUAAAGACGGGCUCAAAGCCAACCUUUAAAACUCUGGCAUACACACUGAGAACUGGGAAGCCCUGGCCCUUGAGCGCUCCAGCUGGAGGUCAGCUGUGACCAGCGGUGCUGCAGAAUUUGUAGAGGCACGAAUGGAGGGCAAAAGAGAUAAACGUGCCAAGAGGAAGGCGCGUCAAGCCAACCCCAACCGGGACCACCUUCCACCUGGAAACCGAUGCCCUCACUGUGGGAGAAAAUGCAGAUCAAGAAUAAGGCUCCACAGUCUCCUACGGACCCACUGCCAGGAUAAUACACUUGGAGGACCAUAAUCUUCAGACUACAAGGGAUCGCCUAAGUAAAAAAGUAAGUAAGUAAGUAUGUGCCUUCAAAUCACCUGUAAACCUAUGGUAACCCCAUGCAUUUUACAGGAUUUUCUUAGGCAAGGAAUACUUAGAAAUGAUUUUGCCUGUUCCUUUCUUGGAAAUAUAGCUAUGGCACAUGUAUUCAUUGGCAGUCUCCCACCCAGGUACUAACUGGAACUGACCUUGCUUAGCUUCCAAUAUCAGGUGUGAUCUAGCGCUCUUAGGACCUACCUUUGCAUUCUCCUUGCCUGACAACUCCAUCUGCCUACUUAUACUAUUUCUCCUCUCUACAAGGCUAUCAGUUCUCAGAAACAGAACUAGGUUACAAGGCCUAAAAAUAAAAAUCACGGAUGGAGAUGCAUGAGUUCACUCUUUUAUAAGAACUGAAUGCACCCGCAAAUGCCAGACAGUUGAAAUGUGUGACCUGAGAACCAAAAUUAGAACUCACGGGAAAUCAUUGUAUUGGAUCACUUUUCACACACUU